AGACCCUUCAAUUUUCAAUUUUUUAAGCUGAAAGGGGCUUUUCUACCUCUCAGUAUGGUCACCUUUGAGCAAUAGCAAGGAAAAAAGGGAGGAGGUUCGCUAUACUCUUUUCCUUCCAUCUCUUUCUCGAUCUUUUUAUCCUUGCAUUCCGAUCCGGGUUUCGGCCUCUUCCUCUUGCUGUCGGUGAGGGCUUUUCUGGUGUUCUUGGUCUCUUUUCGUUGUUUUUGGUGCUUUGGUUCUCUAAUUGCAGCGUGUUUGAGGGUUGGGGAGUGGAAAUUUAGUGGAAAUUUGGGGUGUUUGUAGGAUCUUGUGGUGGGUUUUUUGAUUGGAGGAAGAGAGGAAGAAGAUGGCCGGAGCUGGAGGCGGAGGUGGGGGUGGAGGGGGCGGUGGAGGUGGCGGAGCGGCCCCGGCGCCGAAGCAGGACGAGUUGGUGCCCCACCCAGUGAGGGAACAGCUGCCCAACAUUUCCUACUGCAUCACUAGCCCUCCUCCAUUGCCGGAGGCUAUCCUUCUGGGUUUCCAGCACUACCUGGUUAUGCUUGGCACCACUGUUAUCAUUCCUACUGCUCUUGUUCCUCAAAUGGGUGGAGGAAAUGAAGAGAAAGCACGGGUGAUCCAGACAUUACUGUUUGUGGCCGGCAUAAACACUCUCUUGCAGACCUUCGUUGGAACUCGUUUACCUGCCGUGAUUGGAGGGUCGUACACCUUUGUCGUCCCUACCAUCUCUAUCAUCUUAGCCAGCCGUUAUAGUAACAUCGCAGAUCCUCAUGAGAAAUUCAAACGCAUCAUGCGUGGAACACAAGGCGCCCUUAUUGUUGCUUCGGCUCUCCAGAUCAUAUUGGGUUUCAGUGGGCUAUGGCGUAAUGUUGCAAGAUAUUUAAGUCCACUCUCGGCUGUGCCUCUGGUUGCUCUGGCUGGAUUUGGGCUCUAUGAGCUUGGUUUCCCUGGAGUGGCAAAAUGCAUCGAAAUUGGACUUCCACAGUUAAUAAUAUUGAUAAUACUUUCUCAGUACAUACCCCAAGCCAUACAUUCACGUAGACCUGUCUUUGACCGGUUUGCUGUCCUAUUCUCUGUUGCAAUUGUAUGGCUUUAUGCUUUCAUACUUACGGUUGGCGGGGCAUAUAGGAAUGCAGCACCAAAAACUCAACAGCAUUGUCGCACUGAUCGUUCAGGACUUGUUGGUGGAGCUCCUUGGAUAAGAAUUCCAUAUCCUUUUCAAUGGGGAGCACCAACAUUUGAUGCUGGUGAAGCUUUUGCCAUGAUGGCUGCUUCUUUUGUCGCUCUUGUUGAGUCAACUGGUACAUUUAUUGCGGUUGCAAGGUAUUCAAGUGCUACACCAUUGCCCCCUUCCAUUCUCAGUCGUGGUGUGGGUUGGCUGGGGAUUGGUAUCUUGUUGGAUGGGCUAUUUGGAACAGCAAAUGGCUCUACAGUAUCUGUUGAAAAUGCUGGUUUGCUAGCCUUGACACGUGUUGGCAGCCGAAGAGUUGUGCAAAUUUCUGCAGGCUUCAUGAUAUUCUUUUCUAUUCUGGGAAAAUUUGGAGCAGUUUUUGCAUCCAUUCCAGGACCCAUAAUUGCAGCUUUAUAUUGCCUUUUCUUUGCAUAUGUUGGUGCGGUUGGUCUCAGUUUCCUUCAAUUCUGCAACCUCAAUAGCUUCCGGACAAAAUUCAUUUUAGGAUUCUCCGUGUUCAUGGGUUUGUCUGUUCCACAAUAUUUUAAAGAAUACACGCUAGUUGCUGGCUAUGGUCCGGUGCACACCGGUGCAAGAUGGUUCAAUGAUAUUAUCAACGUCAUAUUCUCUUCGGAAGCAUUUGUUGCGGGCCUCGUAGCAUAUUUCUUGGACAACACCCUACAGAGGCAUGAAAGCGCGACCAGAAAGGACAGCGGCCGUCACUUCUGGCAGAGAUACAGAUCCUUCGGUACGGACCCCAGAAGUGAGGAAUUUUAUUCAUUGCCAUUUAACCUUCAUAAAUUCUUCCCAUCGGUGUGAGCGUGCAGCUUGGCGGUAUUCAAUACUGUAAUGCACUCGUAGGCUGUUUUUGUCACUAUGUUACGAUUUGGUUCUCGUUCACUGUUCCCAGCUCUACAACCACGAGAUGAUUCCUAAGGUUGUUAAUCUGACUUUUGUUUUUUGUAUAUGUUCAUUUUGUAUAUUUAAUUGGUAAAAUAGAUUGAAGUUGAGAAACUUAUUGUUGCUCGUGAUUUGCAAUUUAUUGCGUGUAUCAGAAAAGGUAAUAGAAUCCUUAUGAUCGUGAUUUGCAAUU